AGUAAUCAUCACAAGAGUAUCAGAAUACUGUUAACCAUGAUGCGAGUUGCACAGGUCUUUAGUCUUCUCUUCCUCCUCGACGGCAGCUUCGGGGAGUAUCAACCAACGUGGGAAUCGCUGGACUCUCGGCCACUGCCUGACUGGUAUGACAGGGCAAAAAUUGGAGUUUUCCUUCACUGGGGAGUGUUCUCUGUACCAUCCUUCGGUUCUGAAUGGUUCUGGAUGUACUGGCAAGAUCAUUCGUCAAGUUAUGUGGAUUUCAUGAACAAGAAUUUCCGGCCAGACUUCACAUACCAAGAUUUUGCCCCGAUGUUUACAGCUGAGUUUUACAACCCAGAAGACUGGGCAAGAUUAUUUAAUGCUUCUGGAGCCCGUUACAUAGUGCUAACCAGCAAGCACCAUGAGGGAUUCACCAAUUGGCCUUCGUCCUAUUCCUGGAACUGGAACAGCAAAGACGUUGGGCCAAAAAGAGACCUUCUAGGAGACCUCGCUAAUGCUAUCAAGGAGAAGGCUCCACACAUACACUUCGGUCUCUACCACUCUUUGUAUGAAUGGUUCAACCCACUAUAUUUGAAAGACAAAGCAGCUAGUUUUCACACCAAUAAUUUCGUUGUGGGAAAAACCUUAAUGGAGCUCUACGAGUUGGUAAACAACUACGAGCCAGAGAUACUCUGGUCUGACGGUGACUGGGAGGCACCAGACUGGUACUGGAACUCAACAGCUUUCUUAUCGUGGCUUUUCAAUGAUUCACCAGUUAAGGACACGGUGGUAGUAAAUGACAGAUGGGGUAAAGGCAUCCCUUGCCAUCAUGGCUCAUACUACACGUGUGCAGACCGCUACAAUCCAGGUAUUUUGCAGAACCACAAGUGGGAGAAUGCAAUGACAAUCGAUAAAUCUUCAUGGGGAUACCGUCGAGAGGCAAAAGUUAGUGAUUACCUAACGAUCCACGAACUGCUCACUACUCUUGCACAAACUAUCAGUUGCGGUGGAAAUCUUCUGGUCAACGUUGGCCCUACCCACGAUGGGCGCAUACCACCAAUUAUGGAGGAGCGCCUCAGGCAGAUGGGGUUUUGGUUGGACGUAAAUGGGGACUCAGUAUACGACUCUGUUCCUUGGAAACAUCAAAAUGACAGUAUGACAGCCGGAGUCUGGUAUACAAGCAAAGGCGAUGUUGUAUACAGCAUGGUGUUGACAUGGCCAGAAAAAAACGAGCUUACGUUGGGAUCAGUGGUGACUACGAACACUACCGUUAUUUAUAUGCUGGGUCAUGCUUCUAGGCCUGCUCCACUACCGUUUCAUCCUCUGGGUUCCUCUGGAGUGGUGGUGACUUUUCCGCCUAUGUCUGAGGUGACCGGUCAGUGGGUGUGGGUGUUGGCCAUGACAGGAGUGACCCCCAUUUAACCGAUUACAGCCGAUAAUUGACAUCGAGUGCUUGCACGUACCUCGUGUCUUUUAUAUGACUGCAUAAUAAUAAUAAUUAUGAUAAUGAUAAUAAUAGUAAUAAUAAUAAUAAUAUUAUUAUUAUUAUUAUUAUUAUUAUUAUUAUUAUUAUUAUUAUUAUUAUCAUUAUUAUUAUAUUUUUUUUAUUUAUUUACUUAUUUAUUUUUUUUUUUUUAUCAAUAUCAUUAUGGUAAUCUAUAGUAGCAACACAGUUAUCUAUAUAAUCGCUGCAAACGAUUUCAGUGUUUGCUGGCUUUUAGUGAAAAUAAAAAAAAAAAAAAACUAAAAUUUUAAUUGCUUACACACUGAUAUAAACAACUAAUAUUGUAUAAACAAAAGUAAAUAAAUGUGUAAAUAAAGUGGUAUUGCAGUAUAAAAAAAA